CUUUGACUAAGAAGUUUAUUCGAGAGCAAAUUGACCGUGUGUUUGGCUAUCCGUUGCUGGUCAGGUUCAGUUGGUCCACUGCCGAGCUCAUGCUGCAAGAAAAAGCUGCCAUCUGUACCUUCGAGGAAGUAGAUGAUGAAGAGACCGAUAAAGAAGCCUUAUUGAGUCGGUAUUUCAUUCAUUUUUACGCAAUAUCUUCAGUGCUGCAGCGGUUCAAAUCAAAAUGCCAGAGUUAGGGCCUAUGAUGCGCACACUGGAAUUGCAGAGGCUAAUCGAAGACAAAGUGUCCGAAUGGCGAGCGAGGUCGGCGCGGGUCAGCGGAGGCGCAAGUGUAGCAGAGUCUUAUCAGCAAUCACACAACUUUAAACGACACACAAACAGACGCAAAAACAGUGCUGAAAUAAAUAGAAUUAUCGCAAAGUACUCCAAACCUAUCAAGAGGACAGACGAACGAUACUGCACUUCCAUUAAUAAACCUGAAACUCCGCCGACGCGACCGCCGAGGACUAAGAGAAUUAGCAAGAUAUUUUCGAAAAGCGAGGACAAUUUAGCCAAUGUCGUAGAUAUUAUGGAGCCCCAUUCGUCUCCCACUAAAAAUAAAUCAUCAUUCUUCAAAUAUAAUGCCAAAAGUUACGAAGAUAUAACAGCAUUUGUUGAUGUUGACCGUAACGUCAAAAGUAAAAAUUUUAAAGAAAACAGUAUUCUGAAUGAGAAAAAAUUGCCAAAGAAUAUAAGACCAAAGCUUUAUAGUAUAAGUGAAGACAAAUUUGACUAUUCAGUGUUUAGUGACCGAAACGUGAAUGUAAAUAAACAGAAUGAAUUUGUGACAUCUACUCCGUUGUCAGAACGUAAAUCGUGUCCACCGGUUAGUGAAACAGUGCCAGUGAACGGUUUUGAAAAAUGUACCAAUUACAAUAGUGUGAACGACCUAAGGAAAGGAAGUUCCGAACCGGACAUUUUAAGUAUAAACAGCAGAAGGGACACAUUAGACUCAUCAAAAAAUGGAGAUAAGAAACGAUGGUCUCUUUUACGGCCACAGUUUCCAAGGGCGGCCUUCGACGCUAUAUUAAAGUGGCGAGGAAAGAAACCAAGAAAAGAAGAGCGCAAAGAGAGUUCUCGUAAAAUACAAGAAGUAGACGACAGUUUUUUUGAGAAAUUCGGAUCGAUUCUUAAGCAAGCGUCACAAAGGGCCGCCCUAGAAGAGGCCACCCCAUUGGCGCCUUUCAAAGAAGUAGAGGAACAAGACUCCGAGCGGAAUGUUGACGAGGACUCGCAAAUUGAAAGCCAGAGCCUGGCUGACAGUGGACUCGGGACACUUGUGGAUGCCGACUCCGAGCCUGGGGACUUGGAGAAAAUAGAUCUGUAUGAAGAGGCUGUGGGGUGGAAUAUCGAUGAGCUUUACCUGGAAAUAUUAUAUGAGAUCUUACACAAUGUGGGGGGCUGCGACGCGUCCAGUGAAGUGGGCCCCACAGCCAUGCUAUCCUACGUGCAGGAAGCGUUCAAGAUUUCCAAUGACAAGCACAAACAUCUUCUCACCACCGCAGAAGCUAAGGAACCUCCAGAGCUGAUGCUGAAUGUGGAGGUGGUGGAAGCAAAGGACCUGAUGCCCAAGGACCCCAACGGCAUGAGCGACCCGUUCGUCACGAUCUACCUGAUGUCCAACACGGCCCACAGAUACAACACGUCUGUCAAGUCCACCACCUUAAAUCCGGUGUGGGAAGAACAUUUCUCUUUGCCGAUGCCGGGGAACCUGCAGGAGGACUCGCUCUGUUUAGAAGUCUGGGACUUCGACCCAGCUGAAACGGUAAAGGAGAAAAUGACGAAGUUGUUCGAUGUUAAGGGCGUCAAGGGUCUUCGCAAGUUGAUGAAGGAAAUCGCCAUCACAGCCUCCACGGGGAAACACGACAAUGAACUCAUAGGCACUGCCAACAUACCGCUCAAUUCGAUCCCCGCGCACGGCAUGACCAUGUGGUUCAAUCUAAGUAAGAAGAGUAAGUUGCGGCGACAGGGCGUCGUGAAGGUACGACUAGGCUUCUCUUCAGAGAAGAACUCGCAAGUGGCUGCGCAGGAGCAUCGACAUCUGCUCAGGAUACUGUUAUUGCACGAGUUGGAGAACUCAAAGGUGGCUCCAUACUGGUGGUGCGGCAACUUCAGCGCGCCUGCUGAAGCCAUCAUCAUCCAGCACGCGGCCCAGAGCGGGCUGUCCGCCGCCGACAAUGCGCUGGCGCAGUGGGCAGUGUACUGCGCCGUCACCGUCGACCAUCCGCUCAGCUUCGCCCUCUUUACGCAACUCUUGGAGAAGAUCACCAAACCGCUGCAAUCCGGUCUAGUAAAGGAAGAAGACGUCAAGCUAUUCUGGGAUGGAGCGAAGAAACUGCUUCCAACCUGUUUCAGUUACAUAAGGAAACUGAGGAAAAAGACUGCUGGCGAGAAAACUGCCAUGAAGACUUUACGAGAAGUGUUACACAUUCUUUACAAUUUAUCAGUAUUAGACGCACCAGAGAGCAUAGAGUUAUUCCCUGUAAAUUCUUACGGUUGGUUGAGAACUGAAGGGAAAAAAUUGGAUAUAAAUGAAGUCUUGAAUCAGGCUGUGUUGCAAGGGGCUUCUGAUUGGUUCGUGCAUAUUCUAGACAAUAACGAAUGUAAGGAGAAGACAGAGGAAUCAAGAUUGGAACAUCUCAUUAGGGUGAUACAGUUGGUGCGGUCGGACUUGCAGAGAGCCCUCGAAUAUUACGAUAGAGUUUUUGUUGAAACAAUGAAUUUUCCAUAUUCCAAAGCACUGUAUGGUUUAUAUGAGCAAAAAAUCGCCUCGCUUGUAGAGCCCGAAGCGAAGGAAGUAUGUAAAAGUCUGAAAAGAUUACAAUACGAUGAAGGCUCGACUAAAAGCGUACACCUGGCGGGAGGCAUCAACGGAGAGACCAGACUUGGAGACCCUAAAGUCGACAAUGAGCCGCUAGCAAUGGGUACAACACUAUUCCAAUUGUAUCUGACUUUGCAGAGAUUUUUGACGUUAGGUCAAGGUUUAAACGAAACCGAUUGGAACUCGUACGCCAUAUCAAAGUUCCAUUCGUGGUUCUUCGGAGGGGUCGCUCAGUGGUUGGAGAUCGCGGCUUAUAAGGCGUUGACUCGCGUGGAGAAAGCUGUAGAACUUGACAACUUGGUGCCAGUGGACGCCAAUGUCAAAUACAGCAGUUCCGGGGUCGAUACCCUCGCGAUCUUCUAUCAGAUCAAGAUAUUUUGGCAGCAAUUGGCAUGGCCUGACGUGGAAGGCUGUUACACUUUUGUGGCCAAAAUUAUUGAUGACAUCUGCCGCUGCUGCGUAUUCUACUCGGAAAAGAUGGCGGGUCGCGUGGACAACAUUGGCGUGGUGACCACCGUGUACGAGGAGCGCUUCGAGGUGACCACGGAAUGGUGCGUGGCCAUCAACAAUAUUGACUACGUGCGCCAGAGUCUGCGACCCUUCGCAGAAGAGUUGGGGAUGGAUGAGAUCAUAGAGAAGAUGUGCGAAACAAGAACACCGGCUGAAGCACAGAGAUGCAAAGACACCUUACACAACGUCAUUAGUAACGCCAUCGAUACGGUGAAGAAUAAUAUUGUCGACUUGCUGGCUAUGAUGGUCAAAAGGAUGAUCCCGUCCAUCACGCGGCUGCUGCUGGAAGGCGCGGAGCUGCUGCACCAGGACUGCUCGAGUAUGGACCGCGUGAUGCGCUACAUCGAGGCCAACCUCGACACUCUCUACCAGCACCUCAACAACGAAAACUUCUCCAGAACAUUAGAUAUUGUCUGGGAACAAUUAGGAGACGUUUUGUAUGAACUUAUACAGUCUAAUCUCGAGAACCGAAGGCCCAAGGUAGCCUUGUUUAAAGGUCUCCGUUUGAGCAAAGCAACAGCCGCCUUCUUGGUUGCGAAACGUCGACCGCCGUCAUUCUUUUCAAAUCUGCACGAAUGUUUGAAAAUUAUGAUACAAUCAUUCCGGCAAGAUAGUAGAGAGACUUACACGUCAGAGACUUUGAAACGUGUUGAAUAUCUACUUAAAAUCCAUGGUAUGGAGACACGGGAGUUAAUUCAUCAGUACCAUUUGGAAAGAUGGCAGGAACAGCAAGCAAUCACUGAACCAAAGAUGGGAAUGCUGACUGUGCGAGCGCAGUUCAUGGAAGACAAUUUGAAAUUAGAAAUUAUGAAUGCUAGAAAUUUAGUGCCCACGGAUUCUAAUGGUUUAUGUGAUUCCUACGUACGAGUUGCGUUGCUACCCGAGGACACAUUCGCAAAUAUUGUGAAGCCAAAAACUCAAACACACAACAAGAAUCUCUUCCCUUUGUACGAUGAAAUGUUUUUAAUCCCAUUGUCACACGAGCAGCGUAACACGCAAGACGGCCUCCUACACAUGGUGAUCAAAGACAAGGAUAUGUUCAGCGUGAGCAAUACAUUCGUGGGCGAGGCCUACCUCCACUUCAGCGAGGUGCCCGACACUCCCGCGCCCAUCACCAGUUUGCCACAGCAACAUCUACCACUCACUAAGCCUAAUAGUAUCGACGGAGAUGCCAUCAAAGCCCUAGAAUCAAGACAAGGAGACAAACAAGCGCGGGAAUUCCUCAAGAAACAGAGACAAAAGUUGCCCAGCAAACAAUUCUUCUCACUUGGUUGAACCCAUAGUUGUAGCAGUUUCAACCUUCAUACUACGAAAAUCCUUACAGGACAGCGUAAGAUAAUGUUCUAAAUUAUUAUUCAACCAAGUAAUGGUUGAUUUUAAAACGUAUCUAAGCUGUCAAAGUGUUAAAAGGCUGAUGUAUGUUUGUAUUUAACUAAGGUAGAUAUUAUAUCUAUUUUAAAGUUUUAAAUUUUAAAGUAGCAAUAUAUGUUGUCACUUAUGUGUUUUUGGCAAUAAAAACUAGACUGAUACAUAUUAGUAAUACAGUGCAUUAUUACUUAUUUUGGAAAAAGUUAAUGUCACAAUAAAUAAUAUUUAUUUGUAUCAGAAAUCAGAAACACAUUAAAAUGUGUUUGGAAAAUAAUUUAAUUUAAUUCCGUAGCGUUUUUCAACGUUUUUGUUACCUAUUAUUUGCGUAAAAUUUAAAUACAUGAGUAGAUACGGUAAUGGAAUCUCGAAAUAAAUAUUUUAAAAUGUAGUUAUUCUGAUUACUUUUUGGUAUAUAAUUUUUCGCUUCACUGAGAUAUACAAUAGGUAUAAUAUAAUAUGGAGAAAACUUACUUCGGGGCCAGUUCUACUUAUGUGUUGUCCCUUAAAUAAUGUGUUUGAUUGGUUGAAACUACGCAAAAUAAAAUAUUGAAAUUAUUGAAAAAGUUUAUUUUUACUAAGAAUUAAGUAAAUAUUUGUCUGUAAGUAAAUAUUUGUGUCGUGUAAGCAAAGGCUUAUCAAAGUAGAAAGUAUCUUUCGGAUUGGCACUUCAAAAUCAAUUUUUAGGACGUUGUAAAUAUCAAGAAAUUAGUCGCAUAAUAAUUUGAAUAUUUUAAACCAAGAAUUCAUUAAUCUACUAAUAUGUAGCUUCGUCUGUGAUAGACAAAUGUGCCUUAAAUUAAUUUAAUCUGUCGCAACAUUUAUCUUUUUUUCGCCUAGAAUAUCAUAUUCCAUUGAAUGUGUAUGUUUUUGUAUUUUUUAGAAUUUUUAUGUAUGUACCUAUGUAUAAUUGGAAAUAUUAUUUGAAUGUUGAAAUGCUAUGUAUUAUCAUUUAAAAGUUUAAACUGUCAUAUAAAAUAAUAAAAGUCAUGUUGAUAUA